AUGCUCUCCUCAUCUUUUCGUCUGCUUCGGCUAUCUGCAACAAUACCUCGGAGAACCUACUCAGUCGCAAGCCCGGGUGAUCCUCCCAAGCCAUCAUCAUCCGAUACGCCGGAAACUCAGGUUGAACGCCAAAAAUCGAGCUCGAUCGAGGAUUAUGUGACCCAACUGGCUGGAUCGAGUACUCCGAUCAGUCCACCUAUUCCUCCGGCUCAAUCUACCAGCCAGGCUGAAGAACCCAUCCAUGUUCCAGCAAGCCCGGGCUGGGCUAUGAGGGCCCAUCCAGAGCUCUACGACCCCCCAGUUCUAAAACCGACCCAUCGGAUCCAUGUCGCCACCUUGGUCAUCGAAGCCUACAAUCCAGAAAAGGAACAACUACCCCUCGUCGCCGGCUUUGCGCUCCAGGCUGCCUAUCACCUCGGUAUACCCGUCACCCGACCAGCCGCAAUGCCCAUCAAAACCGAACUACAUACCGUUCUGAGGUCCGGAUUCGUUCACAAGAAAUCUCAAGAAAACUUCUGGCGGUUGACCCAUCGGAGGGUAAUCAAAGCCUAUGACGCAAACGAGGAAGUGAUCAAUCGGUGGAUCAACUAUCUCAGGACGGAUGCCGUCAGAGGGACUAAUGUAGCGUUGAAGGCUCAGAGAUUCCUCUAUCGACCGAUCGGAUGGGGCCAAGAGGUCGACGAAUUGGCGAGACGGGAACUCGAAUUGGAAAGACUCGAGAAACAAAAAUCAACCACGGGCCGGAAAAAAUCAAGAGGCCGAUCACAACAGAGUUUCGGUUCUUCAGCCCAGGCCGAACUCACGCAGGCCGAGACGGUCAAAGCAUUAGCAGAGCGACUCAUCAAAGAAGAACUGAUACCCAAGGCUGAAGCUCACGAAGCCAUGCUGGCCUCGACCGGCACCAAGGACGGCAAAAAGAUGACAGAGCUACAAAUUAAAGACUCAGGAAAUCGGUCAUCAUGA